AUGACGUUGCUGCGCGCCACUCGACACACCGCCAACCUGAGCUGGAGAAGCUUCUCCUCGUGUUGCUCGUGCCGCUCCCCAGCCCCGGAUGGGGUGGCGUACAAGGCGCCGAUCGCGGCCGGCCGGUUGCCCGCGUACGACGAAGCGCUCAAACUGCUGCAGGCCGACCGCGACGACAAGCUGCAGCGACUGGCCAAGCUCAAGACGCAGGGCGAUGUCGAGCAGAGCGUGCUGGACAAGCUCGAGGUCGAGGCAUGGGUCAACGAUCCCGAGACGAGGUGGAGGGCCAAGCACGGCCACGGUCGGUAUUCAGUCUUCAUCUGUUCUGUGGGUCUAUGCUCACACACUGCGACCACACUACUGACCAUAGCAUUCCUAUGGCCACAGGCGAUCCCACCAAGGCCGUGUACAGGCAUCUUGCUGAGAUGAAGUGGAGGAGAGAAGGCGCAUUGGCGAUACUCGUCAGUGGGAUCGCUCGUGCGCACCACGUCGCAAUCUCAAGCUCACACUCGCCUUCUCGUUCCCGCCGGACGCGGAUAAUCUAGAUGCAACGCGUCACCCAAAUGUCACUCGUACCCGACGUACUGCCCGAGUUUGAUCCCGUGCUCGACGUGCAGAUCAGCGUCGCAGAGCACAGUCAAGAGCCAUUGCAACCGGGCGUAUUCACCCUCCCGCGUCAGGUCAGUCGGCGGGAAGGACGCUCGAGGACCAGUCUACAGACCACGUUCAUUGACUCCGUCUUCAUACAGACACGAGAGCCUUUCAAAAUCUCGGCACAGGUCUUCCACCCCGAGGAGCGACUUUACACACUUUUGAUGGUCGAUCCCGGUCAGUUGUCCCGGUAACCUUUUUCGACAAUCGUUUCAGCGACUGACGUAAAGUCUUUUUACCGCCCCCAACAGAUGUCCCCGAUCAACUGAACCGAACAUUUACCACCACUCUCCACUGGCUCGUGUAAGUGUAGGGCUCGCGCACAGGCUACCGACUUGCCUCGGACCUGAUCCCUUCUCCUCACUCCCUUUCCAGCCCCAACAUCCCCUUAUCCUCCAGCAAAGCCGACCUCUCCCCCUCUCCCGCUCUCAUCCCUUACCUCCCGCCCCACCCCCAACAAGGCACACCCUACCACCGGUACACCCUCGUCCUCCUCGAACAAAAGCAAGCACUCGGUCUCGCACCCGAAGCCGUCGAACGGACCGAUUUCUCUGUACGCGAAUUCAUGCGACAGAACGACUUGACUGCGAGUGGGAUGAGCUUCUUCAGGCAAAAGUGGGGCGAGGACGUUUCGGCGAUCUACAGGGAGAUCCUGGGUCGGUUGACCGUGAGACGUGGUCGGGUGAGCGCGAGGAGCGGGACUGACUUGGGCUCCUUUUUUUCUUUUCCAUCCUUUCCUUCCCUUGAUCAGGUGCCGAGCCACCACGAUUUGCUCGACCUCUCAAGAUCGAUACAUACGCUGGCCGUCCGGCGAAAUACGACCUUCUUUAG